ACACGCACAUCACAACAGGCGGUGACUUGAACACUGAAGUGAAGCUGACGGACAAAGUGUCGGGGUUAUAAAGGUACUUAGGGUGAAUUAAGUGACAUAGGAUUGUUUUGCUUCAGAGGAUUUUAUAAAUCAGUUUUAUAAAGCAGUUAUUACUCUACUCUCAGGAUGUUAGGUAAAACAUAGGAAGUGUCGUGCUUUUAAAAACCUCGGAGAUAAGUUAGCUCAAAGCAUUAAACCAAACCAACGCUAGCUUAACCGGAGUUUGUAGUUAACGCAAACCGGGUCUGUGUGUUUUAUUCUCUGGUGAUACAGUCCCAGUUAACUAGCCUAACUCCGACGCUAGCGUUAGUAUCUGGUUAGCUUUAACAUCAUUCAAAUUAAAAACUCCUGAAUCAUAGAUUCACAAGUUUUUAACGUGGCUCACGGUUACACUCAAUCGACUACUACUGUCUGAGGAUCAAAAGGAUUUCUUUUGGAAGAUAAAUAAACACUGGACCUUAACUAACCUAUCAUUUGGAGCUGAAUGGCCUCCGUUGUUGCAGUGAAAACUGAGAAGCGACCUGCAGCUGAUUCUCAGGAUGCAGACUCAAAUGCAAAAAAACCAAGGAAACUCCUGCCCAGCUUGAAGACAAAGCGAGCCCCUGAGCUUGUCCUUGUGAUUGGCACAGGGGUAAGCUCUGCAGUGGCCCCUCAGGUCCCUGCACUCCGCUCCUGGAAAGGCCUCAUCCAGGCCUUGCUUGAUGCAGCAAAUGACUUUGACCUACUAGAGGAGGAAGAGAGUCGGCGUUUCCAGAAGCACAUGCAAGAAGAUAAGAAUUUAGUGCAUGUGGCCCAUGACCUCAUUCAGAAACUUUCCCCGAGAACUGGGAACGUGCGAUCAACAUUUUUCAAGGACUGUCUAUACGAGGUGUUUGACGAUUUGGAGUGCAAGAUGGAGCACGCGGGGAAACAUUUACUGCGUUCUGUGCUGCAGUUGAUGGAGAGUGGAGCCCUGGUCCUCACUACUAACUUUGACAACCUGUUGGAGAUCUAUGCUGCUCACCAGGACACCAAGCUGGAGUCUCUGGACCUGACGGAUGAAAAGAAGGUAUUGGAGUGGGCUCAGGAGAAACGGAGGUUAAGUGUUUUGCAUAUCCACGGCGUUUACACCAACCCCAGUGGUAUUGUGCUGCACCCUGCUGGCUACCAGAAUGUACUGAGGAACACUGAGGUCAUGCGGGAGAUCCAGAAGCUCUACGAGACCAAAUCCUUUGUUUUUCUGGGCUGCGGCCGCACGGUGGACGACACCACCUUCCAGGCUCUUUUCUUGGAGGCGGUCAAGCACAAGUCGGACCUGGAGCACUUCAUGCUGGUGCGGCGCGAGGAUGUGGGCGAGUUCAAGAAGCUGCGGGACAACAUGCUGGACAAGGGCAUCAAAGUCAUCUCCUAUGGAGACGAGUACGCCGACCUGCCUGAGUACUUCGAGAGACUAGCCAAUGAAAUCUGCAACAGAGACGUGUCCACCAACGGCUGGGGCUCUCCCUCACAAAACGGGGAAGAACAGCAGAACGGCUUCAACACACAGAAGAGCCUUCUUCAAGACACACGGUCGGGAUCAGUAUCAUUCCGUUCCCUCCAUUGACAGAUUGGUCUUCUUUGAAUAGUAUUAACUAGGAUUUCAAAGUGUUUAAGAAUCCUGGAACACUCUGGGCCAAAGGAGAUCUUACAGCUGUCAGUACUUUACAGAUGUCUUAUCGUUUUCCUUUUAUUGGUUCUUGUUUUAAAGGGAAAGGAGAAGUUUAAAGUUUCUUUCAAUGCAAUGACCUGACCUUAAUGGUACAAUGUUGUACUGUAUUUAAAUGUUUGUCAACAACUGGUGAACACCAGUAAAAAAAAAAAUUUGGGGAAAUAUGCAGAUGAUGGGAAGAUAUCUCAAAUCAUAAAUGACAAAAAUGAUGAUCUACUUACAGAUGUUGACUGUGAUGUAUUGAUUCAAUGUUUGGAUAUGGAGAUAGACAAACGCAGGUAAACAAACUGUUUCAGCUGAACCGACCUGCCCUGUAGAUGUUCUAGGUCACAUGCUGUAAUGCACAACUCAUCUUAUCUUAACUGAAAUCAGUCUCUUGCUGAAUAUGUAAGGAUUCGGUCUGUCACGCUCGACCCUUGAUCCAGAGAAAAAAAAAACUUGAUUUGCACACUACUGGGUGAGGAAGGUGGACAGGUCAAAACAAUCCUAUGUCAUGGAAGGUUACACUACUUUAAAGUUGUCUUUAAAAGUUCAGAAGAAAAUGUUUGCAGAGAAGCUCCCAGCCAGUAGCAAUCACUUUGCCACUCCUGUGCUGAAAAUGUCCUUGAUAAGCCUUUUUUUGUAUUUUUAUUACUUGCAUGUGUUUUCUGAUACCGUAUUUAUAUGUCCCAUUUUCAAAAUAAAGCUUUUGGUAUCCCA